AAGGAUAUAAAUAGAACUCGAAGUAGUUGACUCAAAAGGAAGUAGCUAUUGCAAUAUCGGUAAACAGGAAUUUGGUGUGUAAUUUCGCCUGUACACGGAGCGCGGGCCAUACUCUAUUUAAUGUCAAGGCAUUGAACUAAUGGUUUAUUAUCUCGUAACGCUUCAUUUGCAUACGCACACUCGUAGUUCUAAGUCGGUUUGUGGCAAUGUGGCUGGCUAUAGCAAAGUUGAUAUUUUACUUCGCGGCACUUGGAGAGGCAUGUCCGGUUGUUCGAUCUUUCAUUCUGACUUUCACGAUGUCCGUAGUCCUUUCAUCAGUCGACGGCAGCACCUACAACGACGACAUAUUAGCUCCAAUCAUACUCGUGCACGGAGUAACUGAGAGUCAAAUCCUGGGCAAGUACCACACUCACGGUCACCCAAAGGGUUGUGAGGAAAAGUCAGAGGGUCCCGACGGCUGGGAACACAUGUGGUUGAAUCUGGACAUGGCUAUUUGGGGCAAACACGUACUCAGUUGCUGGGCUUACAGGUUUCAGUUGCUGUACAAUAGAGACACUCACAAAUGCUCCAAUCAGAAUGGAGUGGAAACGAAAGUCAGGGGAAAACUGGGAAGUUUAAAAUGCUGUGAAUUCUUGUCAGAUGCGCCUUUGCCGAAAUAUCUUCCUCAGAGCAAAUACUUCCACCAAUUCAAGGGGUUUCUAAAACAUAAAGGUUAUUCUACGGAUCACAGCCUGAAAGCGCAUUGCUACGACUGGCGCUACGCACCUCCACAACUGGAGGAAUUUGGCUACUUCAACGCGUUCACGGAGCUUGUGGAACACAUGGCUCACGACACGGGGCGAAAAGUGGCGAUUGUUGGUCACAGUAUGGGCGGCCUUGUCUCCGCCUAUUUCCUGAUGAACAAAACUCAAGACUGGAAAGAUAGGCAUAUUCACGCUCUCAUCACGGCCGGUACCCCGUGGCUCGGCAGUGUAGAGUCUUUGGGACAGUACAUCGUCGGUAAUAAUAAAAGUGUUCCCACCAUCAACAAGGAUGUUAUGAAAAGGCUCUUGAGUACCUUUCAAUCAAUAGCAUUUCUACUACCAGAGGAAAAUGCGUUCAAAGACACAGUGAUGGUUGAAUGGGUGGCCCAAAACAAAAAGUACACAGCAAAAGAGUAUCGGCAGUUUUUCAUAGAUGUAGGUGCAUAUGAUGCAUAUCUGAUGCGGCAAGAUCUUCGUUCGCUGUAUCCUUACCGGUUGGACAAGUUGGGGGUGAAUUAUCAUUGCGUUUGGUCGAACAGCUCAAAAAUUGACACCCCCGUAACGUACCGAGUGCACGCGGCCAAUUUAAGCCAUGCAGAAGAAUACGAAAAACUUUCCACUGAGGGCGAUAAAGUGGUGCCGCUGAAGAGUCUACGCUAUUGCGAGAAGUUUCAAGGGUCAAAAUUCACCAGUAAAGGUUUUCAGGGCCCUACUCACUUGAAGCUGGUUCAAGACGAUGACUUCUUCAACUACGUUAUGUCCGUUGUCCGACAAGUGCGCCCUUUUGCUGAGAGAUGAAGAGCCUCUGCUCAAUAGCUAACGUUCAUUUUAAUUUUCAUGUUGGCAAUAUUUAAGAGGAUAAUGGGAAAGAAACCGAAGUCGCGGAAAAAUAAUUUUCAGCAGAGGAGUUUUUGUCGGGUUUGGUUAAAAAAAAACGGAUUUUGAGGGCUCGGAAGAAAAUGCUUUAAAGUCUUCCAAGUACAGUUUGGAUUAUUAGUUACUUUCAAUUUUUUCACUGAUGCCUUUCAUAACACUGUGCUGUAAUCUAAUAAGGAAGUUAGACUCAGAAGUGUAAUAAUAUCUACGCUCGUUGAACCAUGAGUUUAUCCAUAAAAAAAGCCCAAUUUCUUUUUUUACGAUGACUAUAUUUCCUCCCCACGCAUGGGGAGCGAGAGAGCUCAAAAACAUCGAACAGUCCAAGAAAAAGAAAAUGGAGCCGUUUUGUAUUUGUUAACAUAAUAUUAAAAUACUUGUUUGACGAAGAGAGUCCACAUCAAUUGUCGUCCAGUGAUUUUUGAUCUCAGGAAGUCCACUGUCUCACCUUUUAGAGAGUAUUUCUUACAUCAUGAUGUAUAAAGUGAAUUGAUAGGUAACUUUCAGAUUAAAGACGUUGUUCAGACAACUUAAAACUGUCAGUUAGUAUGUAGAAACUGAAUGUUCAUGCUAUAUAUUAGAGAAAAAUAUUGUUGCCGGAACUCCAUUGUUUUCUUGUUUUAAACACAAGCAACGUUUUUCAGGAAAUGGCUUUAGGAGGUACUACCAUGGGAAUUUAUUUGCGCACACAAACCAGUUAUUACAGAUGGACUCCUGUAUACUGGUUAUCCACGACCUCGAGUUAGGUUCCCCAUCUCCCAUUAUUCUCACUCAAACUAAGGGAUACAACUAAACUACCUCCGGUAAUACGAUUAUUGUAUCCAUUCAAAAUGAAGGCGCUUCAUAUGUGAACAUUUACUAGUUGGUAGUUCGGUACCCGGUUCUCAUUGAAAAGUUCCCUGUGAAUUUUAACCUUUUUGUGAAAUCUUUUUAAGUCAACGAAAAAUAUAAUUUGAGCCUCAUGACUCUCACAUCGACCUUUAAGAGUCCUCUGUGAAUUUUUAAAGGAAUUUCGCUUUAUUUUGUUAAAAGCAAAUCUGCCCUGCUCUUUCAGGUACUGAUAAAUCUGAGCUGAACGUGGGUAUUUGUUGUCAGCCGUCGAUGAUGAAUUUUCCUAAAAGAUAGCCGAUUCUCGUCUCUGCAAAUUGAAAGAACGUUCCUCCCCCCCCCUCCCCCUGCUGUACAUGCCGCGGGGAGCUAUUGUGCUUAUGGCUAAAUUAUAGGGGCUAAUUAUAGUGUAGGGGCUGGUACUGGGUGGACUGCCUAUCUUUACUACAGACGGAUUAAAUGGAAUUAUUUUUGGCAAUUCUUAUGUUGAUGUUUGCUUACAUGACACUUAUUUUGUUGUUGCUCAUUUUCAUCAUGCGUUAUCUAUAGUAAUUAUCUUAGCCAUUAUGGGUGGGAUGAUUUAUUGAUUUCCUCUAAUUUUAGGUUUAACUUUAAAUAAUUAUAACCUGGUUUCUCAAUUUUAUUACAUUUAUGGGAGUAGACUCAACAUGUUUUCCACAGCACUUUCUUUGUCUGGGUGGAAUACCUCCUCGAUAUUCAGAUUAUCCUGAUUGUCAUUUGUCGUGAAUUAAAAUUUCUUUUGCGGAAAGAAUCUUAAGUAUUA